AUACAUGAAAAAGAAAACCUUUUUUAGAAAAUUCAAGCGGGUCCAAUCGUAGGAGGUUUCAGAAUAAUACUCAUAUGGAUUAAUAUUUGUUUAUUUUGUGCUCUGCUGUAAGGUUUGAAUUGUUUAUUUGUAUAUUUGCAUUUCAGCUAUAGUUUUCAAAAUUAAUGUCAUGUGGUAAAGUGUGACCAGUUAAAGUGUUUUUUAAUACAUAUUUUUUGGUUUGUUCUUGCAAUGAGUGAUGAGGAUAGUAGGCGCUUGCCUCGUUGGUGGUCAGGUGGUGUUUGUUCCGCAAUUGCGGUGACAACAACCCAUCCCCUUGAUCUAGUAAAAGUUCAACUGCAGACACAGAAAGUCAAGGUGCCCGUUUCGGAGAUAAUCGCUAAUACAUACAAAAACUCGGGAAUUUUGGGUUUUUACAAUGGCAUUUCGGCUGCCUGGUUUCGACAGCUCACCUAUACAACAGCCCGGUUUGCUCUGUACGAGUAUGGGAAACAAUUUGUGGAUGCAAACAAUAUGAGCGCCAAGGUUCAGCUGGCAACGUUUGCGGGCAUCCUUGGGGGAAUCGUUGGUGUACCAGGUGAUGUUGUCACAGUCCGAUUACAAAACGAUAAUAAGCUGCCAGUGGAACAGCGACGCAACUACAAGCACAUAUUCGAUGGCCUGUAUCGCAUUGCACAGGAGGAGGGUAUUCAGAGUCUGUUUCGGGGUACGCUGCCAGCUCUAACACGUGCCGUACUCCUAACGAUCGGGACAAACGGUGCCUACGAUCAGGUUAAGCAGAUGCUGCAGGACAGCUUCGAUUUCAGAGAGGGUCUUGCACUGCAUUUCAUAACAUCAACGGUAGCUGGAUUUAUUGGAACACUGAUGACACAACCGAUUGAUGUGAUUAAAACCACGUAUAUGAACGCAAGACCCGGCGAAUAUAGUGGAUUGGGUGCUGUAGCGGCUAGCAUUGCCAAACAGGGACCUCUAGCAUUCUACAAGGGAUUUGUACCCGCCCUGAUGCGGGUCAGUCCCAAUACGAUAAUUACGUUUAUGUUGUACGAGCAGGCGCGAUUGCAUUUUGGAUACUUGCCACCGAGGGAUAACAAAUAAUUUCAGUAAAGUUGAGUAAAUGUUACCAAAUAUAUAUCUGGAGUUGAGGCAUUUCCCACGAAACCGACUGGAGUUGAGUAUGGAGCUGACUUUUCCGCAUGUUUGGACUGCGUCUAAGUGUCUCUGGUCGCUGGUCUCUGGUCUUGAAGUCGUCGGCUUCGUUUUGUUUGUACGGUUCACGUUCGCUAGUUAUCUGUCCGAAGCUCUCCAUUUGGUGCAGUUGACUGUCUGGACUGUUGCGACCGCCGCCCCCUGUGCUGUCCCGCUGGCCUGUCUGUCUUGUUUGUCAAAGAGAAACAGUUAAAUGCCAGUUUACCAGUUAAAUCGGAAUCAAAGCGAAAACAAUGACACAGUAGCAAAGCGAGAGCGACUACGAAUGCAAGAAUGCGUCAGACAGAGAGAGAGAGAGAGAGAGUCUGAACACGACCUGCUCGACAAAUGGCAAGUGAAGUAACAACAACAACUGCAACAACAACGACAACAAGCAGCGGCAGCGGCAGCAGCAGCAACAAAAAAAAUCGUCUAGACACAGACUAGACUCCAUAAAAAUAAUUAUUAUCGGUUGCAAUUUCUGUGCCUCUGUGCGCCUCGACGACUGCUCCGACUGCUCCGACUGCUCCGACUGCUCCGACUCCCACCCACAUUUUCCAAGUUCCCCUUUCGUAAUUUUGCUGCUCCAUACGAGUUGAGCGUUGAGGGGAAUAUCGCAGAACAUCAUCGCCAUCAUUUGAUUUCAUCUGCUUCAGAUUACAAUUGCAGUUUUUUAUUGCACACCAAUCGAUGUGCUCCCUCGCAACUCGUUACAGAAGUUAUGGGCUAUUUAUCAGGAAGAAGGAAAACCAUUUGCGAUUGAUAUAACUACUGAAAGUCAGAUGCUGAUCAAAGGUGUUGCCCCUUAUCCUAUCACCCACAUCAAAUUCGUUGAAGUGUUCACUGGAUGCAUGUCAUAUCUCAUAUAUGUCAAUUAUUUUAUUGAGAGCGAUUAGCUGCUUCAAUAAAUAAAUACCACUCGUAUCUUUUGAGUA